UGAACUCAGGCGGUGUGCUGAAGGAGGUGGAGUCUGUUGCUGAGAGGGAGGAAAAAAGAAGAGAAGGGGGAAAAAGAGAAAGCAGACACAACAGAAACUGGGGUAGACGGAGGACAAGCUGCGUCAGUCAUAUUUAUUUAACAUUAUAUUGGCUUAAUAUCAACAGAAGCGCAGCGGCCGAGGAGGGAAGACAUCAAGAUGAUAACGCCCUAUUUCCUGGAAAAUUUCUGGGGCGACAAAAACAAUGGCUUUGACGUGCUCUACCACAACAUGAAGCAUGGGCAGAUGUCCAGCAAGGAACUGGCCGACUUCAUCAGAGAAAGGGCGACAAUUGAAGAGGCUUAUGGCAGGUCCAUGACCAAACUGGCCAAGUCUGCCAGCAACUUCUCACAACUUGGGACGUUUGCCCCGGUGUGGGAGGUUUUUAAGAGUUCCACAGAGAAGCUGGCUGGCUGCCACCUGGAGCUGGUGCGUAAACUGGGAGAGCUGGUCAAGGAGGUCCAGAAAUACAUAGACGACCAGGCCAAGGCACACAAGAAGACGAAGGAGGAGGUGGCGUCGACGUUAGAGGCGGUUCAGAGCAUCCAGAGUACGUCUCAGGCGCUGCAGAAGGCCAAGGAGAACUACAACAGCAAAGUCCUGGACCAGGAGAGGCUACGCAAGGAGGGGGCCACCGCACGAGAUGUGGAGAAGGCUGGAGUGAAGGCAAAGAAGGCCACAGAAGCCUACAAGUCCUACGUGGAGAAAUACGCCUCAGCCAAGACCGAGUUCGAACAGAGGAUGGCAGAAACCGCACAGAAGUUCCAGGGUAUCGAGGAAAGCCACGUUCUACAGAUGAAAGAGAUCAUCACGUCUUACGCUCGCUCAGUCGAGGAGACACACACACAGAUUGGAGAGGUGCAGCAGGAGUUUGUCAACAACAUGGAGAACACCUCCGUGGAGGGCCUGAUCCACAAGCUGGCCGAGAGCAAAGGCACGGGCACCGAGAGACCAGGUCCCAUUGAAUUUGAAGAGUGCAAUGUCGCUGUUGCUACUGAAGGAAUCAAACCUAAGAAGAGAAAGCCUUUUGGAAUCCCAGGAAGACGGAAAGACACCAAGGACACAGACUCGACAGAGUCGGUGGAAACAGACACGAACACUGCCAACGGUGCUCCUCCCCCGGGAUACUAUGGAGCCAUCGACGUUCAGAACGCUAAUGUGCCACAGGUGGACGAGGAGGGAUUCUGCAUACGCCCAGAGCAGAACGAGAAUGAUGCCAAAGAGAACUCCUUCUAUUCGUCGAGUGACUCGGAGGACGAGGACGAGCCUCGCCGCUUCCACGUGGAGAUCAAGCCGGUGGCGGCGAGCAACACGCACAGCAGUGAGCAGCAGAGGGCCACCAUAGACCAGCUCAAGGCCUCCAUAGGAAACAUCACACUAUCGCCAUCCGCAUCGGUUCAGAUGAGGAGGAACCAGUCCAGGGUGCCAGUGCGGCCCACUCCCCCCUCUCGCCCUCCUCUUAAGCCAACAGCUGAUGAACUUGGGAGGCCGAGGACGAACUUCAAUGAGAACAAGUUGACUAAUAAUGACCUUCUCUCGCUGGACCCAUUUGGCCCCUCCCAAUUAACAGGCCCCUCCUCCUCGGUGUCAUCUGCAGCAGCCCUGCCGCCUCCUAAUAGGCCGACGACUCCUCUUAACAUGGGGGCCCUGGCUCCUCCCCCCCGCCCCUCGUCCAGACCCAAACUACCAACAGGCAAACUGGCCGGCAUCAACGAGAGUCGGCCGUUCAGCCCCCCCAAGGUGAGCAACUGCAGCCCCUCGCCCACCGCCCCCCUGGCACGCGCAGAGAGCUCCUCCUCCCUCUCCUCCAACGCAUCACAGCUCAGCGCAUCCAACACACCCACCGUGGAGGAUGAUGCCUUCAUUGGCAAACUGCCCACCUUUGAGAAGCGCUGUGAGACACCGGCAGGUACAUCUCGUGGUCCCAGUCCGGUGACGUUGGGUUCCCAAGAUGCUUUGCCCAUCGCUGUGGCCUUCACAGAGUCCGUUAACGCCUACUUCAAAGGAGCCGACCCCAGCAAGUGCAUCGUGAAGAUCACGGGUGACGUGACCCUGUCGUUCCCCAGUGGCAUCAUGAAGGUGUUCACCAGCGCCCCCUGUCCUGCAGUACUCAGCUUUCGCAUGCGAAACACCAGCCGUCUCGAACAGAUACUGCCCAACCAGCAGCUACUGCACAGUGACUCGUCCCAGAGUGACCCCAACACUAAAGACUUCUGGCUCAACAUGCAGGCCCUCACCACCUUCCUACGCAAGACGGCCGAGCAGAACCCCUCAGCCACCUACUACAACGUAGACAUACUCAAAUACCAGGUGAACUCCAACGGUAUCCAGUCGACGCCCCUUAACCUGGCGGUCUACUGGAAGUGCACCCCCACCACCACGGACCUGCGGGUGGACUACCGCUACAACCCCGAGGCCAUGGGCCAGCCCAGCAUGCUCAGCAACGUGCAGGUGCUCGUGCCCGUGGACGGAGGAGUGACCAACAUGCAGUCGCUACCUGCAGCCAUAUGGAAUGCGGAGCAGAAUAAGUGUCUGUGGAAGCUGGGCGACGUCUCGGAAAAGUCAGAGGAUGAAGGCUCGGGGUCCCUGCGUGCCAAGUUUGAGUUGUCCGAGGGCCCCAGCGGCCCGGCCACCAUGGCGGUGCAGUUCUUCAGCGAGGGCAGCACGCUGUCCGGGGCCGACCUGGAGCUCCUGGGCACCGGGUACCGCCUCUCACUCAACAAGAAGAGGUUCGCCACCGGGCGUUACAUGGCUGACUGCUGAGCUGACGAAUGGACAGACCUGGAUGGACAAGAGGAGAGCAGGUGGAACCCCGAAUCACCUGUCCAAGCUCCGCUCCGCUCCGCUCCGCUCUUCUCCCUCCCUCAGCCGUCCACCUGUCUCUUCACGUCUCAUCUCCUCCUCCUUGUGGUGGGGGUGGGGUUGGGGUUGUGGGUAUGCUCCUCUGCCCCCCCACAUGCACACAAACACAUCAGAACUCCAAACAAAGCACCCUCACCCUCUUCUGCCCUCCCCCCUCCUUAAAAACCCUUCCCUGGGCUCUAUACCCCCCACCCCUACCCUCUCCUCUGUUCUGUUCACACCUGUCCUGAAGGUCCUGCCACACACACACACCAUCCUCCAAACACCCUCAUGCUGUUUGACCCCCCUUAACCCCCCUUCCCUGGGUUCUGUAACCCCUCCACACCCUGCACCACCCCAACACCACCACCCCUCCUCCCUACUCGCACCUUUCCUGGGGUAGAGAAAAAAGGUCCUACCACCCUGUAGGGGCACUGAGCACAGAAAAAGAAGUCUGUCUGUCUGUCUCUGUUUGUCUAUCUCUGUCUGUCUGUCUGUCUGUCUGAAGAAGGGCAGGGACUGACUGACUGACAGACAGACAGGCGGAAAGUAAAGCAUUACAAAGACAGAAUGUCAGGAAUUGUAAUAAUUGAUAUACAAAAAGAGAAAAAAAAAUGUUUGUAUCGUUAUGGCUAUUUUCUGUGAUCUACUUGGGCUUUUAUAAAGUCAAAACGGUAGGGCUUUGUUUGUUUUUGUAUAGUUAACAAUUAUGUGUAAUAGGAAUCAUAUGUAAAUGAACUGCAUAUCUUUUUUUUUUUUACAAGAAGCAAACUAAAAAAAAAUGAUCUGCACUAACAAUCAUCCGGCCAUUUUGAUAGAAAUUGUUUUUGUCUAUAAAUGUGUGUGUCAACCAUGUGGCCUAGUGAAGUACCUACCUUUAAAAGAAACACAGGACAGAACUUUUUUUUUCUUUAAAGAAAUCCAACUUUUCUAGACCCUACUUUGCGCCCUUUUGACGCACACACCAUGCUACUACUUCCUGCUUCCUGUCCUCAGGAAAGCCACUUCCUGCUUUGCCUUUGACUGUUGGCAGCAGUCCUCUAUGGAAGAGAGCUGAAGUGUGUCAUCCUGAACACUGAAGAGGGCUCACAGACUCCAGUGGCACCCACCAAAAUCUAACAAACUACAACAUCUUUUUGUUUUGUUUUAUUUAGUUUCCCCCCCUUCCCUCUCUCGUGACAUCACUACCAUCAUCAUGUGCAAUGCAGAUAGCAUCUUUAAGACAGUGACAUGGGUUUCUUUUCGGAAAAGGGCUCUUUCCCCCUUCAGCAGCAGGCGCUGCCUCUUAGCAGCAGACUCCUCGUGUGGCCCAGACGUGGGCCGCAUCUGGGUCAGCUGUGCACCAGCUUUGGGGAGCACUGUACUGUAGUAGCUCUCAGGGCUGUGUCACGUCAGCCAUGACCGACCAAGCAAACAAACACGACCCUUCUCACUGACCACAGUGCCUAUUUUCUACCACAGCACUGCUUUUGAUAAGAACCCCUUUCUACACUUCACGAACCACCUUUUAUACCGUUACACACAGCAGAGACAGAAGCACACUGUUGAUUUUUGUUUUUCGUCUCUUUCCGUCUCCAUUUUUUUUUUUUUGUGAUUUGUCGCGUUCUUUUUUAUCUUUCUGCAAGUGCCAGUUUAUGUUUGUAUAUUCUUGGAUGUUGAAGGGAAAACAUUGACUUCUCUCUUUGUACUUUAGAAAGCUAAUCAGUAGCUAACACAAACUAUGAUCUGCAUAUGUAUGUAUGUAUGUGUGUGUGUAUGUGUCUAUGCGGGUCUUCUUCCUGCCUUUUUGUGAGGAGAUUUUUACCCAGAAUUUCUUUCACCACGCCUGGCCGUGGCGUGUCGUCCUGUGCUGGGAUUGCCUGUGAGGUGGUACCUGCACCACUCGCCUUAGCCUACGUAAGGCAUGAAUGGUUCUUUAGCCUUCCCUCAGUGCCAAGUGCCAAUACGCAGAGGGUUACUCUGUACACAUCUGUGGCUACCUGUCCACAGUAUAUAAGACCAUCCCACCCUUCAUUCUGGAGCAAGGUGGGGCAGAAAGAGAGGAGAGGAAAGCGAGAGAGAUAGAAGGAAUGAAAGGAAGGACUUCAAUCACAACUCACAACUCUAGGAAGGAGAGGGUCAGCAUUGAAUGGUCUCUAUCCAAAAUUGAAUGGCUGGAAGUUUGGCCCAUCUGCUUUUGUAGCACCAAUAACAUCAGUGCCUUUAAAGCACAGAGUCCCUGUGCACAGGCAGUGUCAACAUGCUGGCGAUGUGCAGUCAAAGUUAUCCAAAGAAAAAGGAAAGUAAGUCACUGCACACUGGUCGCCUUUGCUGAAAGUGUAUUAGGUGAACGAUGCGCUUCGUUGCCACUUCGUCAGGUUCACUCACAACAUCGGUGCCUUUCUUGUAGUACUGUAUCUGACGGUCACCUGAUCUUGGAUAGCAUUUAGAAAAGACAGCAAGUUGACCUGUGCACUCUGAACUGCCACCUUUGAACCCAUUGGUUUGUUGAGUCACAUGUUGUCAUGACAAUGUGUAUCAAUACAACACUGAUUUUUACUGUCUUUGUGUGUGUGCACUAUACUUUUGCAUGUUGACUUGUGCUCCACAACGCCACGUGACAGGUUAGGGUUGAAGAUGAUUUUUGAUCUGGGCAUAAUUUUGCCUUUAUCCUAGCUUGUUCCACUGUUGUUGGCAAAAGUAGAGCUGCAGAAGUGUUGCAUUACUGACAGCUUGGGCUAACGGAUGAUUUUGGUCAGGACACAGCUUGGCAGUUUGUCAUUCAGCAACAGAAAUUCGUUCGUACACGGAGAAAAUAUUUACAGUGGCUCGCACGAGGCUGGUCACCUGACAAAACUGCUUUUGUGCAGCGUUGCCCUCCAUGACUGAACAAGAAAAGCCCUUGGACCAACACGCGGAAUGCACUAGCGUGUUGGUAGCAAACCUUUUUACGAUCACGGUCUGGUAAACGUAGUGUGAUGCGUCAUAGAGUGAAGUAGUGGUUGGUUUGGAUUCCACUCUGUCCUUCUGUAGUCACUUUCUUAAGACCUCAUGUACAGUGACCUGGGUAGCACUUAAGAAUAGGGUUCAGUUGUUAGCUACUAAUACCGGCCUAAUUACCGUCUGUAUAAAUGACUCUUAAGACGUGUUACGCAAAAUUAAUUAUUUGAUCACAAAUUUCCUUCGCAAAUUUCUUGUUGGUUGCCAAUUAGGCCUUCAUUUUAGAAAUGACUUAUGCAGACUGUAGUUGGCCAUGUAUUAGCGCCUAACUUGUGAACCCUAUUCUUAAGUGUUACGUUUAAUUAUAAUUGUUAUACGAUUUCUGAAUGAAGGUUUUGAGGUGAAGGCAUGGCCUUGAGGUAGUUAGGUGAUAAAUCGUAUAUCGUAGCUAUAUAUUGGGAUAUAUCAGUGGGGUGCUCCAAUAGCUUGCGAGACAGGUGGUCUGCAUCUACCAUAUGUGGUGGAUGUAUCGAUUUAAGGGGUUAAGGCUAACUUCCUGUUGCUAAUCAGUGUAUCGUUCCCCCAGGAUAUUUGUAUGUGGCUCAUUUUGUUUUGUACUGCGAAUAUAUAAAUGAAAACCAUGACUUGAUUAACGAUAAGAUAAAUUAUCACUGUUUUUGUGACAGAAUGUCUUUGAUGUCACCGUUGAUAUUUGGUUGUCACGAGUGUCCCCCUUUUUAAUGUUUGACUUUUAGUAAAUGCUCCCAGAUGUGUUUUUAAAAAGUCUGUUUCAGUCAGUGUAUGGGCCGGAGUGCCUGAAACCAGGAUCACUCUGUGUGUGUAUGUAUGUGUGUGUGUGUGUGUGUGUGUGCAUGCGUGCGUGCGUGUGUGCGCGUGCGUGCGUGUAUGUGUGUGUGUGAAUGCUUUCACAUCUCAGCUGAGACAGGGAUCACCUGAGGUGUGUGUGUGUGUGUGUGCAUGUGUGGUGUGAUGUCCAUCCUCACAGACAGUGGUGUGUGUAUGCGUAGUGUGUUUAGCGAGCUGGCUCUUGCUGCUCCACACUUGUCCAGUGAAAACGUACAGUAAAGGCAUUUUUCUUUUUUUUCUUUUCUUUUUUCCUUUUUUUGUGAGUCACUCACUCUCUUGUUAAGUGUUCCUUUCCCCGUCACUCACUGUUCUUUGUCCUCCCUUUUCUAUUUUUGUUAAAUGAGCGAUAAGCGAAAAAGACAACCUGUAUAAAUGAUUUUUUUUCAUGAAAUGUACAUUUUUACAAAUAUAUCUGCCACUUUUGUCUUCACUUUGAUUUCAUUUGUCUGUAAUAAAUGUGUAAUAUAUAAAUAUA